CGCAGCCCACCGAAAUCUCCGGGUCCACGCAAUAAACGUCGCAAGCCCCGCAACCCUCGAGACCAUCGUUCGUCGGUCUCCCCUCCCGGAACGAAGACGAAGAGGGCGGCAAGGUGAUCGAGCGCAGUCAUGGCUUACGUCGAGAGAGGUGUUGUGAAAAACAAGCGGACAAUAUGGCGACUAAGCAUAAUCCCUGACUUCUUUAAGGCUGUCGUGAACUUCAUAAGAAUGUUCAUUCUCACUAUGUUCUCUGUCGAGAAGACAGACAGCUACAAGAAAGGAUAUGGUGGUGGUAAGAAGUGGGAUGGUGGACCUGGUGGGGGAGGUCCUGGUGGCGGUCCAUAUGGGGGCGGUGGCGGCGGUGGAGGUGGCCCUCGUGGUCCUCGCACACUGUCUGACCUCCGCUCCAACGAUCAGAGUUCCCUCCCUGCUUGUGGGUCCUGCUGUGGAUGACCAUUUUAACACAAGGACAAUUUAACGGCAGAAAAUCUUUCCUUGCAUAUUUCAACAGCAGAGCAAAAUCAACUUGAUGUUGUGAAGAGUAUUAGUAUGUCCAGUAUAUAUAUUCUGUAGCUUGUUUCUGAUGUUAUUUGCAUUCUGUAUUCAUCAUCGCUUGCCUUGGCUUGCGGUACUGAACAGUACUGAAUGGAGUUAAAUCUUAUACUCA